AUGCUAGCUGGGAAAUUCCAGCAGCCGCCUUGGACAGAGUCGGCCUUAGACGAUCUUCGUCUCCAGCUGACCAGGGCGGGGUAUUCUGGGGCCGUGAAUCAAGAUUCUGCCGAUUUGGUUGGAAACUUGCUCCGAGAUGUUCUUAAGGGCGCAAAAUACGGCAAAACUGCUCAUCACCUAAUCGAGUCGCGCAAUGCAAAGGUCCUUGAGCUGGAGAAGCAGAUUCAGCUACUGAGCAAUGACGCGCCCUCCUCGUUGGCUCUUGAGCGAUGUACGGAUGAGGUUAAACACAAGUUAUAUCGUUUGACGCACGUUGCUUCCACCGCGGUAUUUAUUCUGAACGAUGCUCUGGGUAGUGCUAUAGGUAGUGGUUCGGUGAAUGAGAGAAGGAGUGGUUCGGUGAAUGAGAGAAGGAGUAGUCUGCCAGGUUUGUUGCAGAUUUUGUUGGACGUGGAAAAGGCAGAGAAGUCUGAGAAAAAAUCGGAGUUCUUGGAUUACUGGAGAAUAGUGGCUGAGAGGGACCGCCUGAAGGAUGAGAUGGAUCAGAAGGAUAAGGUUAUUACUGAUUUAUUAGGUGGCGGGUCGACUUCCAGUUUGAGCAUCAGUUCUAAAGUGUUCCUGAAUCUUGAAGAGAAGUUGGUUAAGGAUGUUCAGCAGAUUAAAGAACUCCUAUCGGCGACUCAACGAGAACGAGUAUCGUCUGAGGAGCGUGAGAAUGAAGGACGACAGCUUGUACAGCUCAAAGAAGAGAAGAAAAGUUUAGAAGCUGAGUUGCGGCAUGUUGAAAAGUCAUUUGCAACACAUUUGAAACAGUGUCAAUUGCAAUGCCUACCUCUCGCGACUACGACUGCUGAUGAUACUGGCGGAGGCACCAAUGAAGACGUCGAGUGUUAUGUUGUACGAGAUAAUGGUCAGGGCAAUGAUCGAACGCAUUUGGUUGAAACUCUCGAGAGGAAAGGUUGCGAAAUUAGUUCUCUACAACGUCAGCUAUCGUCUUUGGAACUCCAGCUGACUCAGAAAGAUAAGCAGAUUGAACAACUGAAAUCAGCUAUCGAGGUUGGCGACCAAGAACUCAAUUCGCUCGUCAAACGUAUUGAGCUAUUCGAAGGAGAGUUUAGGGAACUUGAGCAGAAUAGAAUUUCAUCCGAUAAGCAAAUAAAGCUGUUACAACAUGAUCUGGCUGAGUAUCAAACUAUGAAGGGUAAGUUAGCUGACGUCGAGAAGCAACUAGAAAAUGCACAACUUAGCUUCAUCGCUACAGAUCGUGCUCUGGCGGACGCCAAGGAGGAAGUUACAACACUGAGAUAUGAGCUGGCGAAACAACGAGGCUCGAGACAGAGGCUGGAAGAGGAGAUGGCUAAACAGAGGAAGGAUAAUACCGUGCUGUCUGAGACCAUGGAUCGGCUUCACUCGAAUAUUAAAGAAACAAAAACCAAAUUGCGCGAACAAGAUCUGGAAAUCAAUCGUUUGCACACACUUUUGGACGUCUCCCAAAAAGGAUCGAAGGAAGCCGUAGACAAGCUGGAGGAACUUCAAGCCGCUGUGAAGCAGGCAGAACAGGCUGAAGACGCAGCGCUGCUUGAAAAGGAUGACGUGGUUAAGGCGAAUGACCAGUACAAAUGUUUGCUCAAAGACCACAAGCGUAAGUUAGAUGUCGCUCAGAGUGAACUGACUGACCUUAAGGCAAGAAACCGGUUUUUGAUUACUCAGUUGGCGGAGAAAUUGUCGAUUAAUGAGGGUGACGCCCGAACCAUGCCUCCGACUCCUUCUGUGGAGCUCGGAACGUCGACGGUGGAGAAGCUGUCGAUGGAGGUUUAUAAUUUGCAAUUGGAGAACAAGUUGUUACGAGAAAAGUUGAACUCUCACUCAGUGAUGUUGCAGAAGGCCGUUGCGGCGCGGAAGGCGGCCCAAACUGCCGCUUUGAACGAAGCGAAGUUAGCAGCGGCCUUGCGAGCAAAGCUUGAAGAAUGGCAAGACCGACUGCAGCAGGAAUCGUCCGCCCCGCCGCUGUCGGCAGCCGCCACCUUGUCGUCAGCCGCACCCUUGUCUUCGGCUGCCACGUUUUCGUCGCCCGCAACCUUGUCUUCCGCCAUUCCUCGGGACCGAGUCCCGCUUUCGCCGCGGCAAGGUGUCCGGCAAGUGGCAUUCACGCCGGCAUUCCUAAGUGAAGACGCCGACCAUCUAGUUAACAGCCACGCCGGCUUGCCAGGCGGCGAGUCGGUUUACACCUUCCAGGACAGCACAGGUCCGCAGUGGUCUACUGGCUCCUCCCAGCCUCCGCUGCCGCGGGGACUGAGUUCGCCGUCGUCUUCGGCCAGCUACUUGCCUAAAAUCACGGCACGCGACCUCGAAGCGAUUAGCGGCGUCCAAGCAGUUAAUGGUCCUCGCGCAGGCGGCGAACAAGCGCGGGAGGAGUACGCCUCGACCAUUAGCGCGUACGCAUCGACCAUCAGCCCGUACGGCUCCACCGUCAGUCAGCACGGCUCCAGCGGUGACCGUUACCCGUUCUGCACGGCCAGCAGCGACCGCGGCUCCAGGUCGACGGUCACUUGUCUGUUGCCGUCUACCAGCAGUGACGGGGGAAGUGUCACGCCCAGCAGCGGCACAAUGCCUUCGAUACAAGUGUCGGCCGUCACUGACGGCACUCCCUUCCUCUCUUCGAUGCUCCCCUCUUCCGUCACUCCGUCUGCCGGAGCCUCAUCCAGUUUAUUGUCCACCUCGCAGACCACCUCGCAGGACGACUCCCUCAAGCCCACUCCUGUGCCCGUCCCACGGAACGGCUCCAGGAACACACUGCCGUCCCAAACGUACUUCACGCAACGAGCCAUGGCCCGGAUUCAACAGAUAAUGAAGGACUGUCAGUCGACCGCUAGUGAACGGAGCGAAACUACACCCCGCCGGACCAGCAGCUACCUUCUGGGACGCGCCGAGGAGAUGCUCGCAAAGGAAGGAAACAAAUGGCCUGGACACCAGCAGUCAGGCAGUGUCACCGCGGCCGGCCUGAAUGCUAGACGCAACAGCAGAGGGGGGGAGAACAGCCGCGGGGGGGAGAGCAGCCGCGGGGGGGAGAACAGCGGGGCGACGGAGAACAGCCGGGUGACGGAGAAUAGCCGCGCGGGGGAGAACACCCGGGGGGCAGAGAACAGCCGCCUCUCCGUGCCGAGAUACGACCGGCGAUACCCUCGACGGGAAGGUGGCCGGCAGUUGUCGGAGAGGAAUACCCGUUCCAGUUUGGAGCGCGCACGAAGCUUUAUCAGCAACGCCGGAGCGUGCGGGCAAGACAAGCGACCCCAGGUAGUCGGACAGGAUCUUGACGCGGCGACGCUAGAUGGGUUGGCAGUUGGUAGCGCCGGCCAGACAAGGGUUGGAUGGGGUGAGACCGACGGAGGGUAUGGUGGAGGGUAUGGCGAAGAGUGUGAGGGAGAACGCACGGAGAACUCGGAGGGCAGCGAAGACGACCUGGGCCAAGGCCGGGGGUACUACUGGUCUCCGCCGCGCGUUGACGCUUCGAACGGGAGCCCGCGUCUAAACGAGGAUUUCACUCUCGGCAAUGCGGCGGUCGGCGACGACGCAAUUGACGGCUUGAAGACGUCUGAGCUGCGGAACUCCGAAUACCCCCUCGACCAAGACUGCUUCCCGCAGGCAUGGUCUGUUCCGGGCCAGGAAAAUCAGUCCCUACCUAACCGCCGUCUCCUCAGGGAUGACCGUCUCGGUGGAGAUGACCGCCUCGAUGAUGAUGGUCGCGAUGAAGACGACUCUGUUCGGGAUCGCUGCUACUCUGAGCGAGAAAAAGAUGUCGCGGUUUCUGACGUUCAAAACGACGCCGUCAGUGGCGGCACCUUUAGCAUCAGUCGUACGAAUUUGACGACCAACCGUAGUCUCUGGACAGAAGAAGUCACUACCAGGAGUCGGGUGCUGCUGGACGGAUGGAUAACCGAGGUUGAUGAGGCUUCUUCCGGGAGACGGUUUCAGUAA